CAGUGUGCACCUGUGCCGCGAUGGUGCGCGCACACGCCGCUUCUCCGCUUCAUCUCCGCCUCCCAGCCAGUCCGAGACGAUGCCUUCGGACGAAUGUCAACUCCUCGACGGCCUGCAAAGCAGACUAGCGGCCAUGCUGACCCCCAACGCGUCCGCGCCGGCGGAGGAAGACGACGCCAACAGGACGGAGUCCAACUGCGGAUACGUGUCCGUGGUGUUCCCCAUCACCAUGAUGGUGACCGGCAUGGUGGGCAACUCUCUGGCUCUCAUCCUGGUCUACGUGUCCUACAGGAAGAAGGAGAACAGAAGGAAAAAGUCCUUCUUGCUCUGCAUUGGCUCCCUGGCGCUGACGGACCUGUUCGGGCAGCUCCUGACGAGUCCGAUAGUCAUCUCGGUUUAUCGGGCCGAUCUGCGAUGGGAGCGCAUCGACUCAUCCGGCAACCUGUGCGCCUUCUUCGGCGUGUGCAUGACCACAUUCGGGCUGUGCGCGCUCUUCAUGGCCAGCGCCAUGGCCAUCGAGAGGGCCACGGCCAUCACCAACCCGCACUGGUACUCCAACCACAUGAAGACCAGCGUGACCAAGCAGACUUUGGCGCUCAUUUGGUGUCUGGUGCUGCUCUUUGCGCUGCUACCCGUCGUGGGCGUCGGCAAGUACACGCGUCAGUGGCCCGGGACGUGGUGCUUCAUCAGCACCGGUGACAGCCAGGUGCCCGGAAACAUCUUCUUCUCCUUCACCUUUGCCUUACUGGGGAUUUUCUCGCUGCUUGUGACGCUUUCCUGCAACGUGGUGACCAUCAGGGGUCUGAUCAGUCGAUGCAAGACCAAGUCCGGCACGUCUCAGGCCUCCAAGCACUGGGAAAGACUCACCACCGAGACGGUCAUUCAACUCCUGGGGAUCAUGUGCGUCCUGCUGGUGUGCUGGUCUCCUUUGCUGGUGCUGAUGCUGAGGAUGAUCUCCACCCAGGUGUCCUCCCAUGAAUGUAACUCCACGGCAGAACCCUCCCACCCCUCCUCUUCAUCCUCCUCCUCCUCCUCCUCCGUGCGAGACGUUCACUUGGACUGUAAUUUCUUCUUGACCGCCAUCCGCCUGGCCUCCCUGAACCAGAUCCUGGACCCGUGGGUCUACUUGCUCCUCAGGGAGAUCCUCCUCCGCAAGUUCUGCCUGGUGGCCAACGCCGUCUCCAACUGCUCCAUCGAGGACCCCAAGGAGACCCAAACGGCGCUGAAUAAGCAGAACCAAGAAAGCCUCCAGAAAGAGCAAAGUACCAAAGAAGGAAUUUCCUAAAAGCAAAAAAUCCCAUGAAUGCAUUCCUUAUCUUCUCCUGCCAGGAUGUCUCACUCGGACACUUUUUCAUCUCAUUGCCGAGAACGACAAAAGAAUGAGUCCAAACUUUUUUCUUCUUCUUAUCACAUUUGAAUGACAAGAAGCCAUAAUUCAGAACUCAGACUCAACCAUUCCAACUGGAACAUACCAUUAAGUAUUAGGACCACAUUGGAAAAAAAAAUUAUUUUCGAGAAUACAUUUGUAAACUUAUGUGGCUUAUGUUGUAAAUUUACAAGAAAAAGACUGACAAUAAAGUCGUAAAAGUACCAGAAUAAAGCAGUACAUUUAGAAAGUAAAGCUUUAAACAUAAAAAAAAAACAUGAAAAUUAAUGAGAAAAAAAAUGUCGUAAAUAUACCAGAAUAAAGUCUUAAAUUUGAGGAAAAAAAAUGACAAAGUUACGAGAAAAUAAGUCAAGAAAAAGGUUGUAAAUUUACAAAAAUAAAGUUACGAGUAUAAAGUCGGUAACUUGAGGCUAAUGUCAUAAAUGUACACGUGAAAAUACCAUAAAUUAGAAUGUUUUUUCACAAAAACAAAGCUGUACAUUUAAAUAAACUUGUAAAAAAAAAACAACCAGAAUAAAAGUAGUAAAAAUCUACAAGAGUAAACUUGUAAACGUCCAAAAUUUUUUUAUUUUUUUUAAGCCAGCUCUAGCUAAGCUAGCUAGCUAGUGUCCGUAUCUUCUGUACAGCCCUCACAUUUCAGCAUGCGUUCAUUAUUUUAACAAUAUUCAAUAAUAGUGGCGAAAAGCCGUAAAUAUACCAGAAUAAAGUCUUAAAUUUAUGAGAAAAAAAUGACAAAGUUCCGAGAAAAAAAGUCAAGAAUAAGGUUGUAAAUUUACAAAAAUAAAGUUACGAGUAUAAAGUCGGUAACUUGACGCUGAUGUCGUAAAUUUACACGUGAAAAUACCAUAAAUGAGAAUGUUUUCUUACAAAAACAAAGCUGUACAUUUAAAUAAAAAAAAAACAACCAGAAUAAAAGUAGUAAAAAUCUGCAAGAGUAAAGUUGUAAACAUCCAAAAAAAAUUUUUUUUUAAGCCAACUCUAGCUAAGCUAGCUAGCAUCCGUAUUUUCCGUCUCAAAAAAACAAAGUUGUAGAUUUAAAUAAACUCGUAAAAAAAACAACCAGAAUAAUAAAAUAAAUAAAAUAAAUAAAUAAGCAGUAAAAAUCUACAAGAGUAAAGUUGUAAAUGUCCAAAAAAAAUAAAAAUAAAAAAAGUCGUUAGUGAAAGGGCUGUUUUGCUGCCACAUAAUAAAUAAAAGCUUGCCCGAGUUAUGCUCCAUCUUCGCUCUGACAUAAUACCACUUUAUUCUCGUAGCAUUAGGACUUUAUUCUGGUAAAUUUAGAACUUUUUAUCGUAAAUUUACGACUUUAUUUUCGAUAUCCUGAGUUUUUUUGUUUUUUUUUUCCAAUGUGGCCCUCCAUGAUUGGGGGAGGGGACUAAAUAGUAACAAAAACCUGUUCCAUAGCGAGCAGUGGCGGUAGCUAGGGGUCACGUGAUGGUCAUGUGAUGGUCACAUGAGGGUCGGAGGUAAAAACAGUAAGUUACAACAAAAAUAUAGUUAAAAAAAAAAAGCCGGAUCCGCCAUAGCUGCGACCUGCUGGAUGUUGAUAUCAACGCCUGUAAAUAUUUCCAUAGUUCCUAAAAAACAAACAAACAUACGUGAAAAAGAAAAGAUGGUUCAUCUCUGGACUGCGAACUUCGACCGAGUGGGCGGGGCUUAAUGGCGAAUGUACAUGUGUAUGUGCCAAAUGGCUAACAGAUGCUAUUCCAUAUGUUAUUUAUUGAUUUAUUUAUUCAUGGACGUUGGCCUUGGUUAGUGUUCUAACCAGGAUUAUUGUAAAGACCAUGCUAGUGGUGCAUUUUUUUUUUUAGGGGUGGGCGAUACCAAUUUUUUUUUUCUUGAAAUUGUUCAAAAUCAUAAUCAUUGGAAUAAAAUAUCAUGUAUAAUAUCUUUUUAUCGACAAACGUGUUUGUGAGUAAUGUAACUACACACACACACAUAUGUAUAUAUAGACAAUGUAAAAUAUUAUUUCUGUAUUUUAUUUCAUACAACUGUAAGAAAUACAUCUGAAUAAAAUAUUUUAAAAAAUGCUGAAUAAAUCAACAUUUAUUUGCCACAAAGCCAAAAAAUACAUUCUCAGAGUUUGUAAACAAUACAAUAAUAAUACACUAACCCUUCUUUAUCACAGUUAGUUGGUUCCAGAUCUGACAGUGAUAAGUGAACUUUAUUUACAAAUAAAAUAUUUCAGUAGUCACAACUAAAACUAUAAAAAUAUUCCAUUCCUAAAUAAGAAAAUCUACUUUGAAUCAAUUCACCAGUCACGGCCGAGUCCGGAAGCGAUCACUUUAAAAAACUUUUUAAAAACAAAACUUUUUCCAUAACGAAAUUUUCAAAAAAUUACAACUUUAUUUUUGUCUCUUGCAAUAUUAUUGAAUCAAAAAAAUUAUUUUUUCUUUAAUAUUUCAACUUUAUGCUACUUUUUUUCCCUUGUAAUAUUAUGAGUUGUUUUUUGUAAAAUUGCCACUUUUUUCCCAGAUUACCUUUUUUUUAAAAAUAAAAUAAAUUUCUC